AUGACUCUGACUCGUGGUGGUGGUGGAUUGCCCGCUGGUCUUGCCUUGACCAAGCUCGUCUUAUGCUCGCUGUCUCGAUUACCUCUCCUCUAUGCCGCGCCGCUGACAUCCUCGGCCGUUGAGAAACUCGCUCAUGUUCCAAAGCCUCCAGAUGAGUUCAGUCUAUGGCUCUACCUCAGCAUUGCUGCGGCGCUCGUCCUCAGCGGCGGUGCCUUUGCCGGACUUACUAUCGCGCUGAUGGGCCAGGAUGAAAUCUAUCUCCAAGUUAUUCAGACGUCUGGCGAAGGAGCAGAGAGAAAACAAGCUGCAAAGGUCCUUGACCUGUUGAAAAAGGGAAAACAUUGGGUGCUUGUCACACUUUUACUGAGUAACGUCGUCGUGAAUGAAACACUUCCCAUCGUCUUGGAUCGGUCUCUCGGUGGUGGUUGGCCUGCUGUCGUCGGCAGUACCGCAUUGAUUGUCAUCUUCGGAGAAGUUGUCCCCCAGUCGAUCUGUGUGCGCUAUGGGCUGCCGAUUGGAGCUUGGAUGGCAUCCGCUGUCCUCUGCCUGAUGUACAUCACCUCUCCCCUCUCGUACCCUAUCGCAAAGCUUCUCGACAGACUCCUCGGUGAAGAUCAUGGGACUUUUUAUAAGAAAGCUGGAUUGAAGACCCUCGUUACGCUACACAAGAAUCUCGGCACAGCUGGUGACCAGCUGAACUCGGAUGAGGUUACUAUUAUCAGCGCCGUUCUGGACCUCAAGGAAAAAUCCGUUGGCAGCAUCAUGAUCCCAAUGGAAGACGUCUUUAUCAUGUCGGCCGACACUGUUCUCGACGAAAAAAUGAUGGACCUUAUCCUCUCCCAAGGAUACUCCCGCAUCCCAAUCCAUGCUCCAGAUAACCCCCAAAACUUUGUUGGCAUGCUUCUGGUCAAGAUGCUGAUCACAUAUGAUCCCGAAGAUUGCAAAAGAGUCCGAGACUUUGCCCUUGCCACCCUUCCAGAGACCAGAGCAGAAACAAGCUGUCUUGACAUUGUUAACUUUUUCCAAGAAGGCAAAGCUCAUAUGGUCCUAGUCUCCGAUUACCCGGGUGAAGAUCAUGGCUCUCUCGGCGUCGUUACACUCGAAGAUGUUAUUGAGGAGCUCAUUGGUGAAGAAAUUAUCGACGAAUCUGAUGUCUUUAUCGACGUUCACAAAGCAAUUCGCCGUAUGGCUCCAGCACCCAAAUUCAACUUUCCAAAAGGACAUUUCGUCGAAGUACCUCCCUCUGCUCACGAUAUCGGAGUAGAAACCCUCACUACCACCCGUACUACUGACAGCGAACAACAAAAUGAACAUACUCAACUAUCAAAAAACGCUACUCAUGUCGGUUCUCCUCCACCACCCACAUUUUACUUACGGCAAACACCCGUCGUCGACAAACCUGAUGGUUCUAGCAAACCAAUUAUCCAUAGAGGCGCCACGGCAGAGAUUAAAGAGCAACUCAAACAUCUCGGACCAUCAAACUUAGCAAGCCGUCCUCGCCAAACCCGUUACAAUGCGGUCAAAAUAAAACGAGGUGGAAUCUCACCUUCGAGGUCUUCCCAAGCUCUGAGCGCCCGCGACUCCUAUGAUUAUCAUCCACACUCAGACGUCCAACCAUCUGAAUCAGACAGUCUCUUGGUAAAAUCUACAAGUGAACGUGCAGUCAACCCCAGGGAGCCAACAUCAUAUGGUACUACAACAGACCAAUCUAACCGUCCACUUUAUCUACCUCAUUCCACUACGGAACCAAAUAUCAAACAAGGUGAUGCAUCAGUCCCUCGCACGUCAUCACCGUCUCAAAUACCGAACACAACAAAUACAACUACCGACUCACUGCCCACUAUACAUGGUCCUUCUCCAUCAUCCAAAAAUGGAACUCGUUCACCGAGUGCCAAUUCAGAUACACCAUCGUCAUCCACAAUAUUCCACCCUCGCGGCCCUACAAGAAGUGGCAGCAUAACCGAACAAGUCGUUGACAUCCACGGCAUCCGCAAAGUCGUCUUACAAACAAGCGACCGCAACCUCUCAGAAUGCGACAGUAAUCAAAGCGUUCGUCCCUCAUCCUCCUCUCAAACAAGUGAUACCAAGGAAUCUGCCGAUCUGGAACAUACCACCAGCGAGCAAUCGACUCAUCAAUCCAAUGGAUCAAAUAGUGCUUCUGGUAAAAAGAAGCGAAGACGCAAAAGAAAACCUACCGGAUCAUCAAAAUAUGACGAUCAGAAUGACGAAUCGCAACACCUUCUAGAUUAA